GCCGCCGCGCGCAAAGCUGGGGACCCGGACCUGCGCUCACUCCACCGCGCGCUGCUCCCGGGUGCCUGGGACCCGACAGCAGAGCUCGCGGCGGCUGCCACCCGCCCCGCCGGCCAUGAGGCGCGCGCCUUCCCUGCUCCUUUUCCUCCUGGUCGCCCUUCGCGGGCGCGGGGACUGCCGCAUGGCCAAUGCUGAGGAGAAGCUGAUAGACGACCUUCUGAACAAAACCCGUUACAACUACCUGAUCCGCCCAGCCUCCAGCUCCUCACAGCUCAUCUCCAUCAAGCUGCAGCUCUCCCUGGCCCAGCUCAUCAGCGUGAAUGAGCGAGAGCAGAUCAUGACCACCAAUGUCUGGCUGAAACAGGAAUGGACUGACUACCACCUGACCUGGAACAGCUCCCGCUAUGAGGGUGUGAACAUCCUGAGGAUCCCUGCAAAGCGCCUCUGGUUGCCCGACAUCGUCCUUUACAACAACACUGACGGGACCUACGAGGUGUCUGUCUACACCAACGUUAUAGUCCGGUCCAACGGCAGCGUCCUGUGGCUGCCCCCUGCCAUCUACAAGAGCGCCUGCAAGAUUGAGGUGAAGCAUUUUCCCUUCGACCGCCAGAACUGCACCCUCAAGUUCCGCUCCUGGACCUACGACCACACGGAGAUAGACAUGGUCCUCAUGUUGCCCACAGCCAGCAUGGAUGACUUUACUCCCAGUGGUGAGUGGGACAUAGUGGCCCUCCCGGGGCGAAGGACAGUGAACCCACAGGACCCCAGCUACGUGGACGUGACUUACGACUUCAUCAUCAAGCGCAAGCCGCUGUUCUACACCAUCAACCUCAUCAUCCCCUGCGUGCUCAUCACCUCGCUGGCCAUCCUCGUCUUCUACCUGCCGUCCGACUGCGGCGAGAAGAUGACACUGUGCAUCUCCGUGCUGCUGGCGCUCACUGUCUUCCUGCUGCUCAUCUCCAAGAUCGUGCCGCCCACCUCCCUCGACGUGCCGCUCAUCGGGAAGUACCUCAUGUUCACCAUGGUGCUGGUCACCUUCUCCAUCGUCACCAGUGUCUGUGUGCUCAAUGUGCAUCACCGCUCGCCCAGCACCCACACCAUGGUGCCCUGGGUCAAGCGCUGCUUCCUGCACAAGCUGCCCACCUUCCUCUUCAUGAAGCGCCCUGGCCCCAACAGCAGCCCAGCCAGAUCCCUCCCGCCCAGCAAGUCAUGCCUGACCAAGCCCGAGGCCGCCACCACCUCCGCCAGCCCCUCCAACCUCUAUGGGAACUCCAUGUACUUUGUGAACUCUGCCUCUGCAGCUCCCAAGUCUCCAGCCGGCUCCACCCCGGCGGGUAUCCCCAGGAACUUCCAGCUGCGGUCCUCUGGGAGGUUCCAACAGGAUGUGCAGGAGGCAUUAGAAGGUAUCAGCUUCAUCGCCCAGCACAUGAAGAAUGAUGAUGAAGACCAGAGUGUCAUUGAGGACUGGAAGUACGUGGCUAUGGUGGUGGACCGGCUGUUCCUAUGGGUGUUCGUGUUUGUGUGUGUCCUGGGCACUGUGGGGCUCUUCCUACCACACCUCUUCCAGACCCAUACAGCUUCUGAAGGGCCCUAGGCUGCCCAGCGUGACUGAGGGCCCCCUGCAUUGUG